AGGGAGGCGUUACUGGGCCUUGGACUGCUGGGGCCCCAAAUGGGGCGGAAAUUGGAGAAAGCGGCCAAGCGCUGGGGGGCGCUGGCCGCCCGGGUCGUGCCCGUCCUGGCCGCGCGUCGCUCCCCUCCCCCCUCCCCGCCCCUGACAGGACGCCCCCUCCCCGCUCUUCCUGCUCGGCUUCCUCUCGCCUUUUCCUGUCCCGUUCCCACCCAGAGCCAGGAGCACCAGGAUCCAAGCGGGAGCAGGACCCAAGCCUCACCUCGGGAGCCACGGGCCGCGGCCUCGGGAGGAGGGAGAUGCUGUCGGGCGAGCGGAAGGAGAGCGGGAGCCCCCGCUUUGGGAAGCUCCAUCUCCCCGCCGGCCUCUGGAUCAACUCCCCGCGGAAGCAGCUGGCGAAGCUGGGGCGCCGCUGGCCCAGCGCGGCCUCGGUGAAGUCCUCCUCCUCGGACACGGGCAGCCGCAGCAGUGACCCCGCCCCAGCCCCCUCCAGUCAUUCGGGCCCGGAGCUGCGCCGCGUGGGGGCCGUGAAGGCAGCAGGGGGCGCCUCGGGGAGCCGAGCCCGGCGCAUCUCCCAGCUGUUCCGGGGCCCAGGCGCAGGGAGCGGGGGCGGGGGCGGGGCGGGCCCGGGGGCCGGGGCCCAGCGCUGGGCCAGCGAGAAGAAGCUCCCGGAGUUGGGCGGGGCCGUGGUCCCCGAGCCCGUGCAGUCCUCGUGGGGCAUCCCGGGCUUCGGCGGCCCCAGCCCCGCCCCCGGCGUGCUGAAGAUCUUCGGCUGCGGCCUCGCCUCCGGCACCAAUUAUAAGAGCGUCUUGGCCACGCCCCGCUCCACGGCCCGAGAGCUGGUGGCGGCCGCCCUAGAGCGCUACGGGCUGGCGAGCGGCGGGCUGCCCGGAGGCGGCGGCGACGGCGUCCCGGGGGGAGGAGCCGAGGCCUUCGCUCUGUGCGAUGCGCUGGGCCGGCCGCCCGCGGCCUCGGGAGGAGCUGGGGAGUGGAGGGCAGAGCACGUGCGUGUCCUGGGCGAUUCCGAGCGCCCCCUGCUGGUCCAGGAGCUGUGGCGCCCGCGGCCUGGCUGGGGCCGGCGCUUCGAACUUCGCGGCCGGGAGGAGGCGCGCAGGCUGGAGGAGGAAGGCCCGGCUGCGGCGCAGGAGGACGGCCUGGGGGGCCCUUCGUGGAGGCCCCAGAAGAGCCGUUCGCGGGCAUUAUCGGGGCCCGGCUCGGGGCCGGGGCCCGGGCCAGUCCCCAGCGCGGCGUCGGGCUCGGGCCCGGGCCCCAAAGAGCGCUCCGAGAACCUGUCUCUGCGGCGCAGCGUGUCCGAGCUCAGCCUCCAGGGCCGCCGCCGGAGGCAGCAGGAGCGGCGGCAGCAGGCGCUCAGCUUGGCCCCGGGGCCGGGGGAGCCCGGCUCGCCCUCGCCGGCCUCAGCCCCGGCCCAGUCCGACUCCUUGGACGCCGCCGCCGACUGGGACCAGCUGGUGCAGUGUCUCAUCCAGCCGCCCUCCAGCCGCCCCUACUUCCUCAUGCUGAAGGGUUACCGAGAGGCACAGGAGUUCGUGGUGUAUGUGAUGACCCGGGAACAGCACGUGUUCGGACAGGGCGGGGGGAGUUCGGGAGCCCGAGGGGGGCAGGCCCCCCACGUGGACACCUUCCUGAAUGCGCCCGACAUCCUGGCCCGCCACUGCACCGUGCGGGCGGGAGCCGAGGGUCCAGCCCACGUGCGCCCGGCCCGGGGGGCCGCCGUCACCCACAACGGGGGGCAGCUGCUGCGAGAAGCCGAGCUGAGGCCUGGUGACCUUCUGGGGCUGGGCGAACACUUCCUUUUUCUUUACAAAGACCCCCGCGUGUCUGAGGCCGCUCGGCCUCCCUGGCUCCCCGCCCGGCCCCUGGCUGCCCCGCCGGGCCCAGGCUGGGCCUUCUGCUGCCGCCUCUGCGGUCGGGGGCUGCAGGAGCAGGGAGAGGCUCUGGCCGCCUACCUGGAUGGGAGAGAGCCCAUCCUGCGCUUUAGGCCCAAGGAGGAGGAGGCGCUGCUGGGGGAGAUCGUGCGGGCAGCGGGGACCGGGACGCAGCUGCCGGCCCUGGGCCCGGCCACCCUGCUCGCCAUGUGUGUGGAGCAUUCCGCCCGAGAGCUGGAGCUCGGCCACCUGCCCCGCCUGUUGGGCCGCCUGGCCCGCCUUGUCAAGGAGGCCGUCUGGGAGAAGAUCAAGGAAAUCGGAGACCGGCAACCAGAAAAUCAGCCGGAGGGGACCCUAGAGGCGCCGCUCAGCAUCGACGAAGUGGCAGCCGAGCUCCGACCCCUGAUGUCGUGGAUGGCCAACACUACGGAGCUGCUCAGCUAUGUGCAGGAGAAGGUGUUGGACAUGGAAAAGGAGGCUGACCAGGAGGGCCUGUCCUCCGACCCGCAGCUCUGCAGUGACCUUGAGCUGUGUGAUGAGGCCAUGGCAGUGCUCGACGAGGUCAUCAUGUGUACCUUCCAGCAGUCAGUCUACUACCUCACCAAGACGCUGUACUCCACGCUGCCGGCCCUUUUGGACAGCAACCCGUUCACGGCUGGGGCCGAGCUUCCGGGCCCGGGGGCCGAGCUGGCCGCCAUGCCCCCGGGGUUGCGGCCCACCCUGGAGGUGUUCCAGACGGCCUUGGAACUGACCCGACAGUGUGAGCUGCACCCGGACCUCGUGUCCCAGACCUUCGGCUACCUGUUCUUCUUCUCCAACGCAUCCUUGUUGAACUCCUUAAUGGAGAGGGGGCAGGGCCGCCCCUUCUACCAGUGGUCUCGGGCGGUGCAGAUUCGGACCAAUCUGGACCUCGUUCUGGACUGGCUUCAGGGCGCGGGGCUGGGGGACAUCGCCACCGAGUUCUUCCGCAAGCUGUCCAUGGCUGUCAACCUGCUGUGUGUGCCGAGAACCUCCCUGCUCAAGGCCUCCUGGAGCAGUCUUCGGACCGAGCACCCAACCUUGAGCCCCGCCCAGCUCCAUCACGUGCUCAGCCACUAUCAGCUGGGCCCCGGCCGCGGUCCUCCCCCAGCCUGGGAGCCACCACCUGCCGAGCUGGAAGCUAUGGACACGGGCGACAUCUUCGAGAGCUUCUCAUCGCACCCUCCCCUGAUCCUGCCGCUGGGUGGCUCGCGCCUGCGCCUCUCGGGUCCUGUUACGGAUGAUUCCUUGCACGCCGAACUGCGCAGGCUCCGCCGCUUGCUCUGGGACCUGGAGCAGAAAGAGCUGCCGGCCAAUCAGCGCCACGCACUCCCCGUGGCCUCGUCACCAUGAACGGGCGUCUGCGCUCGGGGCUUGCCGGGAAUUAUAGUUCUUUUCACUGUCCCUUCCCCAGCCACUUAGUCCCCGGUCCUAAGCCUGGAAAGAACACGUGGGGGAGUUCCCGGGCCUGCCGGGAGUUGAAGUUCUCAGGCGUUCCCUGGGGUGCCGUAAAUUGGGGGGGAGAGAAAUAAAGGAAUUCGUAGUUUGGA